AUAGUAUUUCAGAAAUAAAGGUACUACUUCAGAAGCUGCUUGCCAAUAAGAACCCAUCGGUUGAGCAAGAGGAUGAAGCUGGGGUUGACGCUAAGGAUGAGAAGAUAGUACAAACUGCUGACAGUGAAGAUGUCGCCGUUAUUCAUGAUGAUGCCGGUGAGGGUGAGGGUCAGGCUGCCGCUGCAGAUGUGCCUAUGAAGACUGCGGGUGUAAAUGAAGAAGCUGCCGCUGCAGAUGGUGAUGGGGUGGCACACCGGCAGUUAUCUUUGACAGCAGAUUUAACCGCUCAUGAAGAUGGUGUUAAUAAGGAAGGUGGGGAAGCUGGCAGACAGGCAGAUUUCAUCAUCUCAAUUGUGGUUACUGAGGUGAAUUGGGAAAUUGAGCAGAAUAAGGAAGGCAGCACCUUCCCAGAUGUUAUGAUUUGUUUAAACGAGGACUCUCAGUAGGUGGAGGACAAAUUACCUCCGGUAUCAGCACCCGGUCCUUUUGAAAAUUUGGAUUGGGAUGUUGAUGAUGUUGGGAGUGAACCGAUUGAUGUUGAAACCGUUGAAGUUGUGACCACGAAACUACGACAUAAGAGAAG